AUGGCCUUGUCUACAACUUCUAAGUAUUUUACUCGAUUGUCAAAGUCUGCACUGUCUGUAGUUUUGUCGCCGUCAGAUCAUCUAUCUGACACUGCUUAUAGCCGCAGAAGUAGAAGUUCUGAUAGUGACACCCGCCGUGCGCCACUACUUGUCACUUCUGGUUCUAGUUCUAGUUCAACUAGUAGUUCUUCUACUACAAGAAGUACCUCUGCUGCUGCUAAGGAAAGUAACGAUAACAAAAUUAUUAACAUGAAUGAAACUGUUAAAACAAAUAAAAGGGACUGGAAACGGCCGCGAAGAAUGCUCAAAUCAAGAAUGUCAUUAAAUACUGCCCACAGUUCUACCGGUAACAUUACUAUUACUAACAUGGUUGCAUCGGCUGGUAUAGAUGAGAAAUAUUCACUUCCACAGAAAAGAAGACAGCUGUCAGUUCCACACGAUGGAGUUGAUAAUCCGACCGCAGUAACAAUUCACUCUGCACGUCCAGAUCAAAUAAGAGUUACACGUGCAGAAGCAGAAGUAUCUUAUGAUGCUUCAUACAGACUUGACCAAUGCAAAAACAGAAACCGUUGUGAUCAUAUAAAAGUUGAAUUUGAAGAAGAAACUAUACCUAAUUCUCAGUCAUCGUUGACAUGUAUACCUUCAAACCAGACCAAAUGUAACAUUCAGAAUAGGAAUACUCCAGAUUUGCAUACUGAUAAACUCAUAGUAGAAACUUCUGGUGCAGAUUCAAUCAGAGACUUCCAUUACAGUGAGCUCACUCAAUCAGCCAAUGCUGGUUUUAAGCAUGAUGAUGUUCUUCUCAAGCCAAAAGAUGAACUUUCACUAUCAGGCAAUUUGGUUAAACAAGAAGACCAUGCUAGUGGCUUGCAGGUGUCCUCAAGUACAGGAGAGAAAUGUCACACUACACUAUGGUGCCCUCCCAUGUGGCAGGAGCAGAUUGCAAAUAUCAGAGAAAUGCGUAAGAACAGAGAUGCUCCAGUUGAUACUAUGGGCUGCAGCGUUAUUAGUGACAGGACUGCUAAACCAGAGGACUACAGGUACCAGGUUUUGUUGUCUCUGAUGCUGUCGAGCCAAACAAAAGACCAGGUCACAUCUGGUGCUAUGAGGCGGCUUAGACAGCAUGGAUGCACCAUCAGCAACAUACUUUCCACUUCAGAUGGUGAACUUGGGAAACUGAUCUAUCCUGUUGGAUUUUGGAAUAAAAAAGUUGACUAUAUCAAAAGAGCAUCAGCAGCUUUGCUUCGAGAGUAUGGAGGUGACAUACCGCACUCUGUAAAAGAGCUCUGCAGUCUUCCUGGUGUGGGGCCAAAGAUGGCCCAUCUGGUUAUGAAGGCUGCUUGGAACACUGUUACUGGGAUUGGGGUGGAUACCCAUGUCCAUCGUAUCUCCAACAGACUUGGAUGGGUCCAGAAACCCACAAAAGAUCCUGAAGCGACAAGGAAAGCUUUAGAAGACUGGCUGCCUCGGUCAUACUGGGAUGAUGUUAAUGAGCUGUUGGUUGGAUUUGGUCAACAAGUUUGUCUGCCUGUCAAACCAAACUGUGCACAGUGUCUCAACAAGCUUAUUUGUCCUUUUAAUCAAAGUUAUGGGAUUAAAUUGUCUUAG